AUGAAUUCAUAUUCCUCAUCAGGUUCUUCGUUUGCCAAUUCCUCUGCCAAUUCCUCUUCCUCGGGACACUCAUACAGCUUGCCUGGAAUUCCUUCAACACGAGUGAGACAAUUCCGUAAUGAACCCAUCAUCUCCAACACAAGGGAUUCCUUCUCCUCGUGCACCAAGAAACGAAUUUUAAAACAUGUGGCCGAUAAUCAAGAUAAUAUCAAUAAUUAUUUGGUCCGAGAGCAUAAACUUGCGAAUGGAAAAAUUGAUCUUGAUCCUAAAAAGAGAUUCAUCUUCAAUGCAGAGUUUCAUGUGUGUCUUCAUCAUAACAAAAACAUUCGAGUGGCAAGAGCCCAAAAGUGUUCAACCGAGGUUGUCGGAGAAGAAGGAAGUAAAUACCUAUUUUCCAAUGCCAAUGAUGCUGCUCAAUUUUACCAGGAUAGCAUGACAGAACGAAGACUUCGAAAGGAAGAGAAACUGAAAGAUUUCAAUAUUAAGGUCAAACAAAGAAUACAAGAACGAAAAAACGAAACCAUUCUUGCCAAGCAAAUUGAAGUUGAAAAAUUACAGAAAGAGAAGAUGCGGAAAAUAGAGCUUCGAAAAAAGAUGGGCGAGUAUGGAAAGCAAGUGAAUGAUGUAAAUAUGAAAAAUUCACCUCAAGUAUCAGAGGGAAGUCAUACUCUAACGUCGUUGUCUAGUUCCUCAAAAACAACCACUCCACGGUCUUGUACCCCAAGAAGCAAUACACCAAGAGGAAUGAACACACCUAGAGGAAAUAAUACACCGCGUGGAAUGAAUACUCCUAGACCUGAUCCUUCGAAAAAUAUGGAUGACACUGAGGAAGAUCAAGCAUCGAUUGAUAACAGAUCAAGUAGUUCGUCAUUUCCAUCUCCACAUGAGAGUGACACAACGAGCUCCUCUGAGGAAUUGGAUGAAUGCAGUGUGGAUGAAGUAUCUCAUGAGAAAACUGUCAAUGAUUUUGUAAAUUUUGCAAGAUAUAAUUUAGCAAAUUUGGCCACAUCAAAAUCUCAAGAAGUGUAUGGCAAGUACGAACGAGCAAUUAGCAAGGACGAAAAUAUGAUCAUAAUUCAAGCUCCCUCUUUCACUGUAUAUCUAGACGAGCCAGCCCAAACACCUCAAUCCUCCUUACUUAACAAGCCAAACUAUAUUCCUCUAAAUGCAAGUUCACACUCUGAAGAAGCUAAUGAAAUUUCUUCCAUUCCUGAAACAGCACCAACAAAUUCAAUAGUACUUUCUAAUCCUAGAACAACCACUACAAAGGAUCAAAAGAAGAAAGAAUAUAGAGAGGAAAAACGAUAUCUCAAGCAGCUCAAUAAGCAAUUUUUGGAAACCAUUAAGAAUAUGAAUAUUCAACUUCCAAUGCUGUGCAAUUGUGACAUUGAUGUUCUUGAUGUUUGCGCUCAACACUCCAACAAUUGCUAUUACUUCCAAAACAGAAAUGAUUAUGCUAGAGAUUUAUCUUCACUAUUCCAUUCAUAUAAAAUUUAA